AAACCAUCCUUGACAAAAUUUAUUCAAGGGGAUGGUUGUCAACAAAGGAGUCUGGAAACCAUGGAACUAUGUAGACGGUUGCUGGGUCGUUCCCAAGAGAAGGGCUUUCCCAGCCAUGAUGCCAAUAAUAAUGGGCAAAAGCCGGAAAAUUUGCAAGAGAAUCGGAUACUGGAGAGACCUGGAGAAACAGCUCAUUUGAAUGGAAGCAUCAAGGCUGCAAAGUGUCCUCCCACUGGUGUGGGAGAAAGGAAGGAUUCUUGUCCGAAGUGUGGGAAAACCUUCUGCCACAAAUCCGCACUCACCGCCCACCUGAGAAUCCACACGGGGGAGAAGCCGUAUCAGUGCCUGGAAUGCGGGAAAAGCUUCAACCAGAGCUCGGCCCUCACCCAACACCAGAGAAUCCACACCGGCGAAAAACCCUACGUUUGUCCCAGUUGUGACAAGAGGUUCAGCCAAAGCUCCGCCCUGACUCAGCACCAGAGGAUCCAUACCGGUGAGAGGUUUUACGCUUGCCUCGACUGCUCAAAAACCUUCGUUUACCAGUCAGCUCUGAUUCGGCAUCGGAGGAUCCACACGGGGGAAAAGUGCUACAAGUGCCCUGAAUGUGGAAAAGGCUUCAACCAAAGCUCCAAUCUUAUUACACACCGGAAAAUUCAUAAUGGAAAUGGGACAGUGUGUAGGAAUGAGAAGAAGAAUCCUCAGUCGGAAAGUCGCACACAGUUAGAAGCCCACGCAGGAGUCCGUAAGCUGUCCCAACCAGUUUCCUCUCCUCGGACUCCUCAACUGGAGAAAGAUCUUCUCAGUCGGACAUCUGUGGAGAAAGAUUCUUCAGUUCUUCCCACUCGAAAUGGAGUUCCGGAGGGUUUCAUCCCUCAGAAGAUCAGAAUAAAGACCCCUCGGGUUAAGAGAUCCCUUGUGUGCCUGGAGUGCGGAAAGAGCUUCAAGUACAGCUCCCAUCUGGUUAACCACGAGAGGAUCCACACGGGAGAGAAGCCCUACAACUGCACCGAUUGCGGGAAGAACUUCAUCCAGAGCUCGGCCCUCAAGAGGCACCAGAGGAGCCACCGUGGAGACCGUCCUUAUCAGUGUGCCGACUGCGGGAAGAGCUUCAGCCGGAACUCGCACCUAGCGAAGCACCGAGGGAUUCACACCGGAGAGAAGCCUUUUGAGUGCCUCGACUGUGGGAAGAAGUUCAGUGUCAAAAUGAACCUGGCGAUUCACCGGCGAAUCCAUACCGGGGAGAAGCCUUAUACAUGCCCGGAGUGUGGAAAGAGCUUCAGCCAGCGGCCCCAUUUCAUCAUCCAUCGGAGAAUCCACACCGGAGAGAAACCUUAUUCGUGCCCCGACUGCGGGAGGAGCUUUCGGGUGAGCUCCCACCUUGUUACGCACCAGAAGGUCCACAUGGGGAAGACGUCCUUCAUAUGUCCCGAAUGUGGGAAAAGCUGUAAUGGUAGCAAAGAGUUUAUUCGACACAAGAUGCUCCACAUCCAUGGAGGAAGCCAUCAAGGGCCCAAUCUGAGGGUCAGCAUUAAAACUGAAUUUUGUGCUCCUGAGUCUCUUAGUCCACAAGGCAGUAGCUAUUGGACUUGAAAUAGGUUGGCAAAUGACUGGCUAGGUUGGGCAAAGAAUGGGGAGGUGUUAUGGGCUCCCUCUUAGGAUUGCAAAUGGUAAAAUCCUUUGUGUGCUUUAGAAGGUAUGUUUAUUGUUAUGUUCAAUAUGUUUUAACUGUUUUAUAAGUUUAUAUGGUAUGUUUAUUGUUAUGUUAUGAUGCGGCAUUGGAUUUUUGCUGUAGUUUGUAAGCUGCCCAGAGUCCCCUUUGGGGUGAGAAGGGCGGGGUAUAAAUAGAGUAGAGAGAGAGAGAAGGGGAACCUGUCAAUCAAAUUGUAAAUCAUAUAUCUAGGAUGCGCAAUUAUAAUAAAUAAUAAACUUUAUUUAUACCCCCCCCCCCAAAUAAAAUCUCCCCAAAGGGGACUCAGGGCAGCUAACAUGAGGCUGAGCCCAAAAACACAAUACAACAAAUGCAAACAACAAAAAUUACAUCGAGAUAAAAUAUGUACAGUAGUAAAAUAAGAUAAAUAAAACAAGUUAACACAAUAUAAAAUCGAACAAAAUGGGCAGGCCGAAUGGAUGA